AUGAAUAACUCCUCCACGGUAGCAACGAACGAGAGUCCCCAAUUUCAGAAACCCGUGAUUUAUAAAAAUCGGGCCAGAAGCAUGAUGCACCAGAGUGUCAGGAACGGGUCAGAAAACCAACAAACGGAACAAGGCAAUGGGACGAGCAUCCGGGACAAAAUCAGAAAGCUCUUUUUCAGCAAGCAUGAUCAGACCAUAAGAGAUUUGCAGAAAACGAAACUCACAACGAAUAAAAGCAUUCAAGGAAAGGAACCAAGUGAGAAGAGUGUAAAGGAAUUCCUUCCUACUGAUCAUCAGAACGUAGAAUGGCAACCAGUGUAUAGAGAAACUUGUAAAAUAAAACUUCCAGUGGACGAAAGUACGACGAAAAUAACCUUGCCAGAUGAGGUGCUGGAUGACUGGGUUGAUAGUCAAAAGAAGAUUUCGCAACAGUUGGGGCGUAGGCAAGAGGGGGAAAAUGUCCAGGAGGAUCAAUACCAGGAGGACGACCUAUCUGAGCAGGGCACAAACUGCCUUUUUGGAAAAAACGACUCCAAAAAAUCCUGCAGGCUUAACAGCACCAAGGAUCAGUACUCCAAGUUUAAGUACUAUUACAACUACUAUUUGGUAGACGAGUACUUAGAGUCCCUGGCUGGGUCCCAAAACAAAAACCUAGACGCCACUGGGCUGGAUGAGCACGGCCAGCUGUACGACAACGUGAGUUUGAACGUGAAGCCAAUAAUCGUCUCAAAGCAGAGACUGGAGAACGGAGUCCCCUAUGACCCAUCCAAGUUGCUCCAGUGA